AGAAGACAAAUAUGUUUACUGUUGGUGUGCAUCGCCGUUGCGAGGAGUGGGGCAUUCUUUUCGAUUUAAUUACACUUAUGGAGUGAGCUGCAAAUUAUUUAGGUAGUCAAGGGAAUAAUUGACAUGUCUGGAGUGGUUUAGUGUUUAAUAUCUGUGUUUUGAAUUCCAACAUCAAGUUUAAAACAGGAAAGAAGGCCGUAGACACCUGUUGAACUGAAAUGGAGCCUCCAACGGAGUUCACGGCGGAUUCCGUCCGUGACUAUAUUCUGAGCAAGGGUGGAAAAGUAACAAACCAUGAACUAGUGAAACAUUUCAAGCCGUUUCUCACUGAUCCAGUAAUGAAAGACACGGCGCGCACCCAGUUCAAGGAGUACGUCAACAUGUUGGCCAGCAUCAAACUAGAGGACGGCGAGAAGUACCUGGUGCUGAAGAAGAAGUACCGCCAGGGCCUGCUGGCGGAGGUGCUGAGCGACGUCGGCUCCGAGUACAGUUACGUGUCGCAGAGCACGACAGGCAGCACGCCCGACCCGCCCGACCUGGGCCUGCCGCCGCCGCGCGCCCCGCCGCCGUACCGGCCGCCGCCGCCGGCGCCCGUGCCGGCUCCGUUCCCCGGGCCGGCGCCCUACCAGCCGCCGGGCGCGUACAGUCCGACGUACCGGGCCGUGCCGGCACCGGGCGGGCCCCCGCCGGGACUACCGGGCCCCUACGGCGGUCCCCCGCCGGGGCCGUACGUCGGACCGCCCAGCCCGGCCGCCUCGCGCAACUCCAUGACCAUGGAGCGGAGUCCUGCGCUGGAUGAGUACUACCACGUCCCGGAGAGCCGCCCGCUGGCCGACCCGCAGCCGGUCGGCCUGCCGCCGGCACCGCCGCCCGAGCUGUGGGCCCGCUCUGCGCCGCGCCGGCCCGCCGAGCAGCCGCCGACACGCCGCCAGGCCCCGCUGCCGACACCGCCUCCGCCGCCCGCCGAGUCGGCCGAGUGGCGGCCGACGCCCCCGGUGGACCGACCGACACCCCCGAUGGAACGACCGACGCCCCCGAUGGAGAGAGCGGCGCCCCCGACGGAUCUCCCCGUGGAGCGGCGACCGCCUCCGGCCGCCGAGCCGAGCCCCGACCGACCGUCACCAAUGGACGGCGAGCCGGCGCCGCCUGUACCUCCGCGCCGCCGCUCCAUGGGCAAAGAGAACCAGACACCGCCGCCGGCGGACGCUGCCUCCUCAGCAGAGGCCGAGGCUGCCAGAGAGAGUGCUGCCGAGGAGGAGCGACAGAAAAAGAUCAGCGUCAAGGAGCAAACGCAGAAGUUCAACCGGAUCGCCUCAGAGUCUCAGAUCCUGCAGCCGAAGCAGCUCAACAAACGGCGCGACAGAGGCGACAAGACUCCAGUGGAUGACGAGGAUACAUCCUCUACAGCCACGUUCGAGGGCAUCAACAAAGACUGGCUCCUGGUGAGCAGCUCCUGCAAGUACAUGGAGAUUGUGCGCAUGCUGAAGGACAAUCCGAAGCUGGCCAAACACAAGGACUUCAUCACGGGCUAUACGGCGCUACACUGGGCGGCCAAAAACGGUAACCUGGACGUCAUCAAGCUGAUCGCCGGUACCCACGGUGUAGACGUCGACUCGGCGUCGCACGGGGGCUACACUCCGCUGCAUGUCGCCAUGCAGUACGGCCACGAGGAUGUGUUUGACCUACUGGUGCACACUUACGGCGCCGACCCAAACGUGCGCGACCACAGCGGCAAGAAGCCGCGCCAGUACAUGAUUCGCGAGGAGACCACGCUGUCAUCAGAGGCGUUUAGGAAAAUUAAGAAGAAACGCCAUGGUAGUAAGAUGCACCUGGGCGACAAGGACAACAGCUUCCUGCGGAUCGGCUCUCUGAACGUGCGGGUCAAGAAGACGACCGAGGCGUUCAACAGUCUCAUCAGCACCGGCCUGCAGAUGGGCGACCGGCUGCACGGCCGAUUCGGCUCCUCAGACAGCGUCAAUGACGCGGAGCGCGAGUUGAUGCCACCACCCAAGUUCAGCAUCAAGAAGCGCAAGUCCAAGAAGCCGCAGGACUUCCAGAACCUCAAGUCGCGGAUCUCGGCUCCGAUUCUGCAGCCGGGCGGCGGCCUGCCGAUGGACGGCGGCGGCGGCGGCAGUCCGGGCCUGGGGCUGAGUCCCGGCCUGCCCGGCGCCCACCCGCUACCGCCCGACGCGCGCAGACACUCGGAGGCCGACCUGUCGCGCAUCUCGGCCGCCGAGGACGCCAUCAGCCAGGGCGGCUCGCUGCGCGGCGACGACUCCGACUCCGACUACGGCUUCGGCUCCGGCUGGGCCGGCUAGGCUCGCCUCUGGCUGGGCCGCCUGGGACUGCGCCGGCCGCGACCCGACCCGGCGAGCGGCAGCCGCGCUCGGCGGUAGGCGGCGCUGCAGUCGGACAUAGGUGGCGCUGGUGUGCCACGCGGCGAGACUGCCGGGCUGGCGAUACGGCGGCAGAGGCAGGGCAAGGCCAUCUCUGUGAGGUGAUCUAUUGCUAGCUGUGCGAAAUGGAGCCCCGGACCUGGCAAUCGGCGGAAAACUACAUAACUUGCCUCUGACAGGUGCAUCAGACGAGAAUAAGAUACGCAACGAAUGGAUGUGAAGUACUUUACGGUUGUAUUGUUAACUUAUUGUGUGGGAGCGUGUCAUUGUUAUGCACGUUUAUGGUUGUUUUUAGGUUGUAUUAAUGGCGCACUCGCACUGUUGCUCUCAGCGCCCAAUGCUGGUUGCUGCCAGGCAUGGUUAAGGAUGUGAUGUAUUGAGAGAUUUAGAUGAUAUGUGAUGAAUCGCGUGGAUUGUAUCGGUGCAAUUUCAAUGAGCGCCGCUUCCCUUCAGUGUUGCAUUCCUCAUUUUACACGCAUUUUGCUGCGCUCUGAUAUUGGGAUGCCUCUUGGUAAAUCACCUCAAAGCUCGCCGGCUGAUUGCCCAACACUAAACAGCCGAACUGACGCGAGACGAACGCCUCACUGGGCGUGUGUAUCGGUCCUUUUUAUUGCUCUGUCCCGGGAGGCUGAUGAAAUCCCCGCCUUUGUGCUCUGAUUUGAUCACUUGGCUGGUGCCAUUUCUUCACAAGAUAAUAAUCGCAUCCUGGCCUUUGAAUGCGUGUAUGAAUGUAUCGCUUCUUUUGUUGCAAUGAAACUAGAUGAAUGCUUGAAGGUUAUGUGCACUU